AUGAUGCCUCAUAAGGAAGAACACGCUGAUUCCAACUGCUCCAAAGCGAUAAUCGACUUCAUCAACUACACAUCCGUGAAGAUCAAGAAGCUAUCUACAUUCACACAACGAAUUCAAGCAUUCAGGACCUUGUGUCUAGAAGAUCAGACUGCGUUGAUGAGGCGAGCUGGCUUGGAUGUACUGUUACUCAAAAGCAUCAUGGAUUCCAUAAACCCGGUCACAAAGCAGCUCGAACUUCCUCCAUGCAACCUACAAUCUUUGAAACUAUUAGGAGUAGAUUCAAGACCGCACGAGGCUUUUAUCCAGGCGAUCGACCCGACAUGUUUCUUGGACAAGAACAUCGCUCUCAUUUCGUGUGCUGUCGCCCUUUUUAGUUCGGACAGGGCGAAUUUCGUUCAUCGUGAGGUGAUAGAAAAGAAGCAAGAGUCCUACAAGUCGCUCUUGAGGAGGUACCUUCAUAGUGUGUACGCUGAAUUUGAGGCGGAAUCGAUGUACACUAAUAUGAUGCAAAAGUUGACUGAAGCAACGAGGGCUACCGAAAGUUUCAGAGGUGUACCUUUGAAGGUGGAUACUGCGUGUUUUGAAAAUUUAUUCGGGACUCUUUCGAAUACAGAUUUAGAAGGUUGA